UGAAAUAUGUAAAAAUUCCUUACUCCAAACAUCGGAAGAAGAAGAUGGGAAAACCAACCAUAACAUCCUUUUCGGCGUUGGCGUUGUCCUUCCUCUUCCGAUUCGGUCUCAUUCCAGUGUCUACUCCGGUCUUAUCCUUAAACACUUAAGGUAUCCCUAUUCCACUUCAAGAUGGGUAGGGAGGAUAAGGCAACAUGGAAGGCGAGCUACUUCAGCAAGAUUGUCCAACUUUUGGAUGAAUAUCCGAAGUGCUUCAUCGUGGGAGCAGACAAUGUCGGCUCCAAGCAGAUGCAGCAGAUCCGUAUGAGCUUGAGGGGUACUGCCGUUGUGCUCAUGGGUAAGAACACCAUGAUGCGCAAGGCCAUCCGUGGACAUCUGGAGCGUAACCCUGCUCUGGAAAGGAUUCUUCCUCACAUCCGUGGAAACGUGGGCUUUGUCUUCACCCGCUCAGACCUUGUUGAAGUCCGUGACAAGCUGGUGGAGAACAAGGUCAAGGCUCCUGCCCGUGCUGGUGCCAUCGCGCCAUGCCCUGUCAUCAUUCCCGCCCAGAACACUGGUCUUGGUCCUGAGAAGACCUCUUUCUUCCAGGCUCUGUCCAUCCCCACCAAGAUUGCUAAGGGUACCAUUGAAAUUAUCAAUGAUGUCCACAUUCUGAAGGAGGGUGACAAGGUGGGCCCCAGCGAAGCCACACUGCUUAACAUGCUUAACAUCUCACCCUUCAACUAUGGUUUGAUUGUUGAGAUGGUCUAUGACUCUGGCACCAUGUUUGAGCCUAAGAUCCUUGACAUCAAGCCUGAAGACUUGCGUGUGAAGUUCAUGGAGGGUGUUGCCCGCCUUGCUUCAGUUUGCUUGGCUAUUGGUUAUCCUACUGUCGCAUCUGUACCUCACUCUGUCAUCAACGGUUUCAAGAACCUGUUGGCUGUGGCUGCUGUGACGGAUGUGGAGUUCAAGGAGGCUAAGACUGUCAAGGAGUACUUGAAGGAUCCUUCCAAAUUCGCCGCAGCCGCCGCUGCCGCAGCUCCUGCUGCUGCUGCCAAGGUUGAAAAGAAGGAGGAAAAGAAGAAGGAAGAGAGUGAAGAGGAGGAGGAUGACGAUAUGGGCUUCGGUCUGUUCGACUAAGGUUCUAAGCUGCAUCUGCCUAUGGCCUGACGGAAAUAAAAUAAUAAAACCCUCA